CCAUUUGCCAUCAAAUUGGCUGUUCAGUAAUUGAUUAAACAGUAUUUGCAGUUUUAUUUUUAAAUGUGUAUUUUAACAAUGGUAAAAACUAGCCAUAAACAAAUGAGGAGAAUCUAGGAGUCAGCUAAGGAGAUUCCUGACUUUUCAGAAAUCUGCCCCAUGCCCAGACCUUUGUCAGAUGACAUGAGUAACGUGACUCCCAGUAACUGGGGUGGUCACCAUUGGGCACACACACGGGGCUCAGAGUCAGUCCUGACUGUGCCCCACACUCACCCCUAGUUCUGGGUCUCAGAGCCAAGCAACCUGGAGCAUAGUGAAUGCCCAACAGUGGGUGCUGGGUGGGGGCCUCCCCCUGUGCCUGUGGGGUUUCAGGGUGCCUGCCCCUCCCCUCUGCUGAUGCAUCUGAUCUUGCUUUUUCCUGUUUCAGGAAGGAAGUGCUCCCUCGGGUGCACUGUCUAGAGGACAGGGUGGAGGCUGCUGGGAUUGCAUUUUAAGCUUUCACUUUCAGAUAGUGUCUGAGCCAGAGAAGUGUGAUUGCUUUUUAAGAGAAAAUUAGGAGGAUCCCAGGGAUCCUACCUCUGGUGAGACACCCCUCAAUGAAUGUGGAACUCUGCCUGUCUACUCUCUUGAGAACCAUCUUCUCUGAGGCCCCCUUGGCGCCCAGCAGGGCUCCUGAGCAGCUAACAGCAGGUGCUAACUCUGUAAGAAGAUUUGGGGAAGCACUGAAACUUCUCAAGUUCUAAGGGACACCCUGGAAACCCCACUAGUUCAAAGCAGCCCUGAGGAGAUGGCGCCCUGCUCCUGCCCCAGCUCUGUGCUCUGCCUCCUCCCCUCCCUGCUGCUCUUCCUCCAGCUGCCCCCUGGGGGGUCCCCAGAGAGGUUCCGUGUGUUUGGCCCCUUACAACCCAUAGUGGCCGAGCUGGGCAAGGAUGUCACACUGCCCUGCUCCCUGUACCCAGCCAUGAGUGCAGAGAACAUGGAGUUGAGGUGGUUCCGGUCCAAUAUCGUGGAGUCAGUGUUCACCUAUCAAGAUGGACAGGAACGACAUGAGGAGGUGAUGGCCCAGUACGCAGGGCGGACCUCACUGGUGGGGAAAUUCCUCAGUGAGGGGAAGGCUGCUGUGCGCAUCCACAGGGUCCAGGCUUCUGACAACGGGCUGUACACCUGCUUCUUCAGCAACAGAGACUUCCGUGGGCAAGCCAGAUUGGAGCUGCAGGUGGCAGGUGUGGGCUCUGUCCCCCAAGUGCACAUCUCAGGGCCAGAGGAGGACGGGGUGUGUGUGGUGUGCAUAGCCUCAGGCUGGUUUCCAGAACCCCAGGUGCAAUGGAGACACCCCCGUGGGGAGCAGUUCCUGGAGUUCUCCAAGGUCCAGGCCCAAGACACUGAAGGGCUGUUCAGCGUGGAGGCUGCUCUGGUGGUGAGAGACAGCUCUGUGGGGAGCGUGACCUGCUCCAUUCUCAACCCCAUCCUGCUCCAGGAGAAGGCCAUGGCCAUUGUCAUCCCAGAGCCCUUCUUCCCCCGGGCCUCUCCCUGGAAGCCAGCUUUCCUGGUAAUUCUGCCCUUGCUGCUGCUGCUGCUCCUGGGGGCUGCCUGCUACACCUGGAGAGAGCAUUCUACACAGGAACUCCAGAAAGCUCUAGAUGAGCUCCAGGCAAUUCUAGACCAGAGGAAGGCAGCUUACCUGACUGCCUGGAGGAAGGCCCAGCUGUAUGCAGAUUGGCGGAAGGAGCAGUUCUGGGCCUGGCCUGUCACUCUGGAUCCGGGUUCUUGUGACAACAGAAUUGUAAUCUUUCAUCACAAGAAGAGCCUGUGGUGUUCUUAUUAUAACACACAAAAAGGAUUAUUUCUUUGUGGUCUUGAGGGCAUCACUUCAGGGCGCUGUUACUGGGAAGUAGAGGUCGGGUAUCCAUACAGAACUGAGUGGGGUCUAGGGGUCUGGAGGAAAGAUGAAAAAACAAGACACAAUGAUCCGACCCCGCGAGAUGGGUUUUGGGUUAUUGCCCAUUUCAACAACAUUUUCCAAGCCUUUACUGACCCUUCUACUCCACUACCCCAUAGGCACAUUCCCUACAGAGUGGGGGUUUUCCUGGACUAUGAUCACGGGGACGUCUCCUUCUAUGACAUGACUGAUGGCUCCCACAUCUUCUCCUUCCCUCCUGAGUCCUUCUCUGGGACUCUCCUUCCAUACUUCGGGUGUUAUUUUGGAAAUGUGUCCAUGACCAUCUGCCCCCUGGUGGCUGGGCCCCAGAAGCCCUCUGUGCCCAUGAACAAUCCUCCUUCUCUGGAGGAGCCUGUGAGUCCCUCAGGGGAGGGGAUCCCCUCAGGCUCUGGUGUGGAUGGGGCUCCCCCAGGGCCUGAAGCCCCCCUCCUCCCCUGCACCCCUGAGACCGUGUCCUCAUGAGGCUCCUCCCUACCCAGCCCAGGCCUGGGCGCUUCUUAGGGCUUCAGGUUCCCUGUGGCAAACCUGUGAGUGAGUCCCGAAUGCUGGAGUCUCAUCCUCCUGCUCUGGGUGCUGAUUCCUGGGCCGUGGCUGAGAGAACAGUCAGGUCAGGCCUUGGGCUGAGGACAAAGAGGAUAGAAUUGACUUACUUUGAACUGGUUUGGGAUAAUUUGAAUUUUUCCAUCAGAACCCAUUUUUCUUUUGGUAAAACAAAUAUUUCAUGUGGUUUUCAUGCUGUUAAGACAAGAAAGGGGAUCAGCUGAAUUAUUCUCCUAAGUUUAUUGGAGUUUACUUUAUCCAACUCGAGUUUGUGCAGAGGAACCCAGAGUCUAAUGAAGGGUCCCCAGGUCUAUUUUGAGGGAUCUGGACUCUCUAACUAGGAAAUUUAAGCAUCCAAAAUAUUUCAUGGAAAUGGCAUAUGAUGGAUUUAGAAGAGCCUAAUAUUCUGUGUUAUAUUCUUCUUAUUUUGGAAUGGAUGAAAUACAACUGUAUUUUCCCUCCAAAACUCAGUAAAUUUAUAUUACUAGUGAUAAACUUGCAGUGUGUUAAUUUUUGGAACUCAAAAAUGUAAGGUUGGCACAGGGGGCCUGCUGAGGGCCCCAGGCUGUAGGCACAAGGAGGGGCCUUGAAACUGCAAAGGGAAUUCCACCUUUGCCUCAGCUCCUAGAACCAGAGGCCUCCACCUGACACAAACAGGACCUGAUAGCGAUCAAACAGAAACCACCAAAAAAAAGGUCUUUGGUUCCGAAUACCCAGUUUGCCACCCAACCUUUCUCACUGUAUAAAAGGACAUCUCCCCCCACAAAGGACACAACUUCACUGAGCCCCAAGGGGGCCCGCAAAUCUUGCCCAGCACCACAAUAAAGUUCCUGCCUGUCAGAAACUUGGCCUGGCUCUCCUUUCUUUACACACCAAUCCUUUCAAAAAGGAUCUGCUUCUCUUUUUGUGUCAACACCUAUUGGAAAGAAGAAAACUGCUCCCUGAAUUAAGAUGAGAAUAAAGAAGAGACUUUCAGAGUUGGGGUGACAUGGGGGCUGUGACCUGAGCUUCAGGUGCCCCUGUACUGACUCGGUUCUUCUGUUAGGGGGAAAGGAUGUCCUGAGCUAAUCCCAUACAGGCUUUGUGGACCCCAUCCCCACUCCAGACUAAAGCCAUCAAGACAUUGGGAAAGACAAAUCCCAUCACCACCAAAGGGAAGGUGGCUGGGACCUAAGCGUGGAGUUGGGCAGCCAGGUUGGAUAUAAAAAACCAAACACGUGGGCCUUGGACUGGCCCGCUAUCGCUCGCCUCCCUGCUUCACGGCUCCUGGCUUGCAGCCAGCUCUCAGCGCGCCAUUUGGGAUUCCUGAUCGGCAGAUCGGGUAGGACUCAUUUAAAACUUUGUCUCCCACUUUUCUCCCUGAGCUGUACAUUUCCUCAUUUCCCCUUCCCUUGUAAAUAAACCUUUUAUGAACCUUUCGCGUGUGCCUGCAGUAGAGCAUUGAUAAGUCCUUUUAAGUGCGCGGGUGAGGACCCACAUUCAGGCACCCCGUUUUGUAUCUGGGUUGCUCUACACCAGAUUGGCACCCAGCGUGGUUUCCAAGUUAUACCCGCGGUUGACCAGCCCAAAGUAACAUUCCUUGUGUUGGUCACCAUAAGCACACUACUUCUGCAGGACUCGCAAUAUAAUAUUUGUCUCAACACCUGAAAAGUCUGUUUUUUCCCUGUGUGUACAGCCCUUGUGGGUGCAUUUUUGACUCAAAUAUGGCCUCAACCAUGAGCCUAUACAGUUUCAUCCCUAGCCUGAGUUCUUUCAGUUUCCUUCCGGCCUUGAAUAUGAGUAGCCUUCUUCCAUUAAAUAUCACCACCAGUUUC